AUGCUAAUCGCGAUGCUCAAGGUUCUUCCAACUCAAGACCAAGAAGUUGCCAGUGGCGCAGGAGGGACAGUGGAAGCAGACAGGUGCUACAGAAGGUUCGAUGUCUUCGAGAAGCUGGAAACCAAGUCCUAUGGUGAGGGCUUCGAGGUUGCAGGGGAACUCGAGGUGGAUGGGUACCUCUAUCGGGACUUCGACGAGAUCAUUGCGCGGCAUAUGGAUCCCAUCAUGGACAACUUGCGACUUCUACAGGAGCACAAGAGAUUCGGCCUCUGCAGCGGCACAGUGGUCGACAGGACUUCGGUGGAGAGGGCCAUGAUGCGCGUCAGCGCCGACAACACGCUCUUGCACUACUCCCUGCUCCUUCACGAGGAGCAGCCGGGGCACGGAGCACUUCACUGGUGCGUCUCGGGGAAAACUGUGAAGCAGGAGCUCAUCGAAGUCACUCCUCGUGGCUUCAGCCUCUGGAAUAAUAACUUCGAUUCGCUGGACCAACUGAUCUCAUGGUUCAAGCGAAUCGGAUGGCGGAAUUCGCAGAAGCUGCGGCGGGACUACAAGGAGGACAGGAAGAUCAAGGUUCAGGUCCUGAAGGAGAAGCGCGGUGAGCAUGCGGAUCCCGAAGGCAAGCUCAAGCGCCACAAGGGCCUUGGCUCUGUUCAGACAACCACCUCCGGGAUGCAAACACCUGGCAACCGAUCCGUUUCCAGCUACCGCCCGGAGUCCAACGCGGCCACGCCCUACGGCAUGCGCAGCCCGGCGAGUGUCGGGAGCAUGGCGCCGGGGAGCCUGGGGAGCGCGGCGCCCGGGAGCAGCGGGAGCGCCCCGGCCAGCGUUGCCAGCAGCUCAGGGAUGCUUGGGAACAAUUUUUUCCUUCUUUGGGCAGUAUAA